AUGAACUGUGAGCCGCCUCCGGCGGAGGCGGAGGAGGAGAUUGCCGGCGGCGCUUCCCCACAGAGCAUCGUCUCGAGCGUCGUCAUCGGCGACAACAGGAAGAGCGAGAACGGGACGGACUCCCCGGGGGAGGGGAUCAUCAGCGACGAGGAGGACGGCAAUGAAGGUACCAAGAAGAAGCUCCGGCUCUCCAAGGAGCAGUCGGCCGUCCUCGAGGAGACAUUUAGGGUUCAUCAAGCACUCAGCCCAGUAAGUUGCUCCCCGAAAGCAGGAAGCGCUUCAAGUGGCCUUCUUCCGUUUUCAUCUAAUUCGUCUGGGUUUUUUCGGGGAGCAGAUGCAUAAGGCGGCCCUGGCAAAGCGACUCAGCCUGCGACCGCGGCAGGUGGAGGUCUGGUUCCAAAACCGGCGAGCGAGGUUCGUAAACGAAGGAAUCCAUAUCGUAAACUUUUAACUCUGGAGGAGAGACCCUUAACCCUCUCUCUCUCUCUCUUAGGACCAAGCUGAAGCAGACUGAGUUGGCAUGCGAUUUCCUGAAGAGGCGCUGCGAGAAGCUGACGGAGGAGAACCAGCGGCUGCUCAGGGAGGUGCAGCAGCUCCGAUUGUUCAUGUCCUCUCCAACGCAGCUCUACAUGGGUAUGGCGGCGCCGCCCACCACCCUCACCGUAUGCCUCUCCUGUCAACGUGACUCCGCCGCUGUUCCCUUCCCAUCGCUGCCAGCGGACAGCAGGCGUCACUACUGA